AUGGUGGUGGAUGCGGAUGGCGGCGAUUCGGCGGCGAGCAAGGCUCUUCGUCUCAAGAUCCAGCUGGAUAUUCAUAAACCCCUACGUCGAGGUGUUACAGCGGAUCUGGGGACGGACAAGGGAGAACGGUGGUGCCCGAUCACGUAUGAGCAUCUGCCCGAUUUUUGUUACAAAAGUGGGCUGAUCGGUCAUGUGGAUCGUGUUUGUUCUAAGAAAUUGGAGAAGGAUGAGCAGGCCGCUUACAGCAAGGUGUUGAGUUAUAUGCCUCCCCGUAGGCCGCUCGGGGGCUUUGGCUACAAGAACCAAGAGCUGGGUGGGAUGCAGUCAGGGGGGAGUGGUGGAUCGGGGUCAUGGAGAGGUGGGCGUUCUGAUAACUGGAGCAGUGGGGGCAAGUCUCGGUCUGAUGGCCGUUCAUGGCGGAAGGAUUCGGAGAAGGAUAGUGUGAAGCUGAUCGAGGGGAAGAAGAAUGAUGGUGAGGAGGUGACAAGUCCUUUGAAGGAUAUGCGGCCUUCGGAGCAGGGUUCUGGCGCUGCGAAGGCGGAGCUAUUCCCCAAGCAGGUGGUGGACGGGGCCCUGCGCGUCCCAAUGAAGAUAAUAGCGUGGAACUGCCACAGGUUGGGGAACGGCGCAGCAGUUCGGGGCCUUAUGAAUGUUCAGAAGGAGGAGGACCCCGAUGUUCUAUUCUUGUUCGAGACAAAAAUGGAUGUGAGUAGGAUCAAAGGUUUCCGGUGGAAAUUGGGCUUGCCAAACAUGAUUGUGAAAGAUUGUUCGGGACGCAGUGGUGGGCUUGCGAUUUCCUGGCGGAGGGGGAUCAACUUACAUGUGCGAGGCAUCUCGCGCAUGUAUAUUGACGCGGAGGUGACGAAAGAAGAUGGCUUUUUGUGGCGGCUCAACGGUUUCUACGGCGAGCCGGAGCAGAAGUACUUGUCAUGGAAAGCGUUGCGCACACUCAAUGCAGCGCGUAGGUGA